UCUAGCAGGGAGGACAAAGGAAUGGCCACUACAGAAAUCUAUUUCCGGUUUAAGAUACGGCCAGGUGCGCUUAGAUCUGACUAUCUCCCUGAACGAUCACAGAUCUAUAAAACCACACAAUGCCACCGGCUCCAAAAGAUUUUAAGCCUGGAGUUCCAGACUGGAGUACAGUACAUGAGUCUACAGGAAAACUCUUCCCUCCCAUCAAGGAUAAAUCGGAAUGGAGCAAGUUCCAGUUCAGCAAUGAUCAAGUGAAGCAGUUUUGGGAGGACGGCUUUCUCCUCAACGUACCUCUGUUGUCGGAAGAGGACUGUGAUAUGAUCCUGAAGGAUUACAAUUACUUUACAGGUGAAAACCAACAUGAUGGAAUGGACAUGUUGUAUGAAUACCAUAGCAACCAGAGUGGUGACACUAACAAUGUAUUGAUGCAUUGUCUGGGACAUUGGAGAAUGACCGAGCUAUUCCAUGAUCUGGCUUUCCUCCCCCAAGUCGUGGUUCCUGGUUCACAACUUCUGGCUGAGAAUAAGACGAUGCCUAUUCGUUUCUGGCAUGACCAACUCUUCGCAAAGCCAGCCAAGCAUGGAGGUGUUGUGGCAUGGCACCAAGACUAUUCCUAUUGGACGAGAACUGGUCCCAUGAUGCACCUCACGGUCCAUAUUGCAUUGGACGAUCAAACAGAGGAGAACGGAGGUCUCUACUAUGUCCCAGGAUCACACAGAUGGACGAGAAAUGGAAACCCACUUCCUGUGACUGACUUCAAUUUUGCAGACAUGGAAUCUAUACAGACUAUCCUGACAGAGGAGGAAAAACAGCAGUUUAAACCAGUAUGUGGGAAACUCCGUAAAGGUCACGCAAGCUUUCACCAUGCUCUAGCUGUACAUGGUUCCUAUGGAAACAGGUCGGACGGUCCAAGGCGAGCAGCCGUACUCAACUACUUUGCAGAUGGUGUGAAAUCCACCACUAACGAGGAUCUGCUUAAAAACAUCAAGAUCCCAGAGGGCGAGAAGAUGGGCGGACAGUUCUUUCCUCUGGUGUUCGACCCGGCGUGGAUGUCAUGAUAAACGAUUUGAGUGGAUGUUAUUGUGUUUGACUCCGGCUGUCCCCGAGUAAUUAAACAAUAUUGUGAUUAAAGUGACAUUGACAAUAAUCAGAUGUGUUAAUAUGCUCAGAUGAAAUGAUCUCAUGAUUAUGGUAAUGACAAUACAGACUUGCUAUAGUCGUAAUAUUACGUUUACCAGACAUGAUUGCAUAGACAGUAAAAAAAAAAAAGCUGAAAGGGAAUCUGGAGGACCUUCCCCAGCGGGGUUAGAAGGGGUAAAAAUGGACAUUGAAAUUUUUCAAAAAGCAGAAAAAAUUAUGUCUGCUUUACACGUGCCUCCUUUCAAUCAAUGGAACCUUAGUUUGCUUGAAUACAAUCACGAUGAUGAAGUCUACGUUUGAUUUACACUUCAGCAAGACAAUGCACCCUAAUAUAAUAAAUAAAUAAAUAAACCUUCUGUUUACAGUUGACUUGAA